CAAAUUAAAAAAUAUGUUUCCGGCCGGAAAAUUUUGUCUCGAUUCGACUUCUCUGAUCAAAAAUUUCAUAUUGUUGUUUUAUGUUUAUCAUAAUUCCCAUCUUAGAUCGAGUCAAUUAGUUUGAUCAGAGAAAUUACAAAAUCAGUGUUCGAAGAUGUCAACGGAGAGACGUGCUUCGUCUAAUCCGAUGACCAACGAAGAGAACGCUAUGUUUCUUGAUAUAUUGCAUGAAGCACCAUUGUUUGGUCANCCACCAAGAACCCUAAUAACCGACUGUUAUGCUAUUUUAGCUGUAGGAGCUCCUUGGAUAUUUCACCAAGUUCAGUACUUGACACCUUCUUUGCUCUGCUGCUGCGAUGUUGCGCUUUUGGUUGUCACAGGUAUCUUUCAACAAUAUUUUGUUUAUCAAGUCCACAAAAUACGUCUCCAGGGUUAUUACAGUUUCAGUCAAAAGUUAAAGCAUGUUGUACGUCUACCGUUUGCAAUCGCUGCAUAUGGGACUGCUGCGAUGCUUCUUGUGAUAGUAUGGAAGCCCCAUAUCCGUAUUCUUUCGAUUUCUUCUUUACAACGCAUCAUCAUGUUGGUUGAAGCAGUGUGCGCUGGCUUCUUCAUGGGUUUAUACAUCGGUUAUGUGCACCAAUACAAUUCCGUUAAUUCACGGCCAGAUGUCUUGAAGUCAUUAUAUUCUCCUCUUCAGCCGUCAAGUUCGAUGGAAGGUUUGAGGUAUUAUGAAGGCCGGCUUUCUGAUCAACAAAUGGCUUUGUUACAAUAUCAGCGUGAAAACCUCCAUUUUCUAAGCGAGGAGAUUCUGUGUUUGCAAGAGAAACUAAGCAAAUAUGAACAAUCUGAUGAUGGGAGCACACCUCAGGUUGAUCUGGCACAUCUUCUAGCUGCUCGAGAUCAAGAGCUGAGGACACUUUCAGCUGAGAUGAAUCAACUUCAGUCUGAGCUAAGGCUUGCUCGUUCUUUGAUAGCAGAGAGAGAUGCAGAGGUUCAGCGAGUCAGCAGUACCAACAAUCAGUAUAUUGAAGAAAACGAAAGGCUGAGGGCAAUUUUGAGUGAAUGGAGCAUGAGGGCAGCUAAUCUUGAGAGAGCUUUGGAAGUGGAGCGGAUGUCGAACUCAGAACUACAGAAGGAAGUAGCAGGCGAGCGUAGAAAGCAGAUGUAUGAGACUACAUCUGAGCAACCUUAAUUGUGAAAUGGAAAUCAAAAGCUAGGUCUUAACAUAUCUCAGGAGUUUGAUGGUGUAACUAAAAAAAUGUUGGAAUCUCUCUGUAAUGAAACAAGUUUGUAUAGGCUUUUUCUUUGUUCAUUUCUCCUUGGACGUAGCUUUGUUUCGGUUGUGAAGUAAAGUGAUUUGUAGCAGCAAAACAGCUCUUACUUGUAUAAAUUGUUACAUUGAUAAAAAUGAGAUCUUGGAUCAAAUGA